AUGGAGAUGUCCUACUGUUCUCCUCUCCAGCUCCAGGACAACGCUUUCCUGUUUGACUGCGAGUCCCUUGUGCUGGACAAGUCUUGCGGUCCUCUGGCCUACGAUCCAGCCUCGGACCCGGGUUACUUCAGCGCUGGCAGCAGCCUGUCCCCCACCUCUUCUGUGGACUCCUUCUGCUUCUCCCCCACCUCCCUCCAGGCUGCCGGGAACGAACAAAACCCUUUGGACUGUUUUGUCUUCAAAAGCCCGGCAGUGCCUCGUCUUACCCACGAGACACAGCCUCUGCCCAGCAGCAGAUCCUCCACAACCACCUCCUCCACCACCACCACAAAGAAAUCCAGAUCCAGGUAUCCGGGGAUGAAGCGCUCGACAGCCAGCGAGAGAGAGAAGCUGAGGAUGAGGGAUCUGACCAAGGCCCUGCAACACGUCAGGACAUACCUGCCACCCUCGGUGGUGCCAGCCGGACAGACCCUGACUAAGAUCGAGACGCUGCGCCUCACCAUCCGUUACAUCUCCUACCUGUCGGCCCAGCUGGGCCUCAGCGAGGAGGUGCUGGAGCAGAGAUCCUCAGAGUUUGUGGGGCAGCCCCAAAACCUCAGCCAGUUCCUGGGUCAGCCGACAGCCAGCUACAUCCCACAAGAAUCAAACUGUAACACCACGAGCACGGCCCAGCUGGCCUCUCUGCAGCCCUCAUAUCAGGUCUCAAGUGGAGUUUGCUUCACCAGUGAGCAGUACUGGAUGCCACAGCAGCAACUUCAAAACGCCGCCUUCUCUGGACAGUGCUGA